AUGACACGGCCGACAUCGUCGACGUCUACACCACCUCCCCCUGAUGCGUUCAACACCAUCUUGCACCAUAUUUUUCUCAAACUAUGCCCACCAUACUUCCAGAACCCUAACUUCAUUGGCGUUGCAAGAUGUCAACGGCGACGGCUCUCCUCCUACUGCGAGCCAGCCUCCGCUAACCAGCCUUCGAAAACAACAUGUCUGACGCACUUCAGCAGAGCCGUCGCGUCGUCGAGAACACCUACUACGCCCAACCAAGUCUCAAAACAUACUACACAACGCCGUUCAUUGCUGUCCUCUCGAAUGCAAGUAGAAAGCCGCAAUGUUCAACACGACCUUGAAGUCAUCGACGUCGGCGGCGGCAUCAACGACGCGUUGGCCCUUGUCGAAUUGCCUUCUGCCAUGCGGUAG